AUGGAAGCAAGGAGAGAGAGAGGGGUGGAGAUGUGGAUGGGGCUAUCUGGUGUAACGGAAGUUUCGGACGACACGUGGAGACAGGAGAGUGAGGUACUGAGGUGUGUGGCCGUCACCGCAGAUAACACCUUUCGUCGUCUAUCUCUGAAUUCGACGGUUAUGAGUGCUACGAUACAUUCCUUUGUUCACAUAGAAGGAAUGCCUGCGGUAGGAAAUUUUCAAGCUCCUUUAUCGAGGUCUGUGGAUAAGUGA